AACUAAUCGACUGUUUCCAUUGGAGGGAAUUGGUGUAAAACUGAUUUGCUGCAACUGAUGGAGGGAACGAAGAAGAGAAAUAUGAUGAAAGCCGUGGGUCUUGGCCUGCUCUGUCUUUUCCUGUGGCCCGAACCCACACGGGCUCAGUUCCCUCGAGUCUGUUGCACGGUGGAGGGGAUCGUCUCCAAGCAGUGCUGCCCCGCUCUUGGCUCGGACCCGGCCAACGUCUGUGGGACUCUGUCGGGGAGAGGAAGCUGCGCCACCAUCCGAGUCGACAACAAACCCUGGGGAGGACCUUACCGACUGAGAAACGUCGAUGACAGGGAAAGGUGGCCGACCAAGUUCUUCAACCAAACCUGCAGGUGCACCGGUAACUUUGCAGGAUUUGACUGUGGCCAGUGUAAGUUUGGCUGGACCGGACCAACCUGUGAUCAGCGCAAACCCCCUAUUGUGAGGAAGAACAUCCACUCUCUGACAGCCGCCGAGCUCCAGGAGUUCCUGAACGUCUUGGAUCUGGCUAAGCAGUCCAUACACCCAGACUAUGUGAUCGCCACCCAGCACUGGCUGGGGCUGCUGGGGCCAAAUGGGACCGAGCCUCAGUUUGCCAACAUCUCCAUCUAUGACUUCUUUGUCUGGCAGCACUAUUACUCCGUACGAGACACUCUUCUUGGUCCGGGCCGUCCAUUUAAAGCCAUCGAUUUUUCCCACAAGGGGCCCGCUUUCAUUACCUGGCACAGAUAUCACCUCCUCAGCCUGGAGAGGGAGCUGCAGAGAUUAUCAGGCAAUGAGAACUUUGCGGUGCCGUACUGGAACUUUGCCACGGGGCAAAGUGACUGUGAUGUGUGUACCGACUCUCUGCUGGGAGGACGCAACCCAGACGACCCCUCCCUCAUCAGCAACCAGUCCAGAUUUGCCAACUGGGGCGUGGUGUGUAACAGUUUGGAUGACUACAACCGCCUGGUGACUCUUUGCAACGGCACCAACGAGGGCCUCAUAAGGAGAGGCGCCAUGGGGACGUCUAACCUGACCCUGCCCACCAUGAACGACGUCAGGAGCUGUCUGAACCUCAGGGACUUCGACAGCCCGCCUUACUUCACCAACUCCACCUUUAGUUUCAGAAAUGCUCUUGAAGGGUACGACAAACCGGAUGGAGAACUGGACGAGUCCGUGACCAACCUGCACAACCUGGUCCAUUCCUUCCUCAACGGAACCAGCUCUCUGUCUCACUCCGCGGCCAACGACCCCAUCUUCCUGGUGCUCCACGCCUUCACAGAUGCGAUAUUUGACGAGUGGAUGAGGAGGGUCGCCCCAACAAACGCCACCUUCCCGGAGGAAUUGGCCCCCAUUGGUCACAACAGAGAUUUCAACAUGGUUCCCUUCUUCCCCCCUAUCACCAACGAGGAGAUCUACGUUCCCUCUGAACAGCUCGGUUACUCCUACUCCAUUGCCCUGGAUGAUACCGACGGAGGAGCGAACGUGUUUGUGCUGGGCUCGACUCUAGGCGGUGUCUUCAUCGGCCUCCUGGCGCUGCUCCUUAUCUUGGUGCUCUACCUGCGGCAGCGGAGGAAUAGAGGCUUCGAACCUCUGAUAAGGGCCGACUUCUCCAAUAAGAAGUACACGGAGGAAGCCUAGACUCGGCAUAGUGUGGAAUAUGGUGCGCCAUAAUCUGUGAUGCACAAGUACGACCCACGGUGAAACAAACAAACAAACAAACAACAACAAAACAGGGAAGCCGAAUCCUGUGAACACAAAGCGUUGUUAUUUUUUGAUGAAACAUUCAAAUUUUAUCGACGAUGAAGUUCAUGGCCUUGUAAAACAUCACCUCUCGGGACGUACACUCAUUUCUAAAGAGAAAUCACCGCACUUGUUGAGAGAAAAAGAAAAUCUUGUGAAUGAACGUGUAGCUUUUAGUAGUUUAACUGAUUUACCUUUGUGAUAUCGUGUCUGUACGACACCGCCGCCGCCACAACGUGGAAAAAAAUUGCUCAUUUUGUUUUAAACAAGUGAUCAGAUACGAAGCUACUUGACACUUUUUAAUAAAUAUUUAUUCUCAAGAGUAACAAAAAAAAAACAAAAAAAAACAAAUGCAAUCAUAUUAACUGCAUUGAAAACAGUAAGGCAUAUUUGUUUCGCUUGAUCGUAACGGCUGUCGGCUUGAACGCGUUCUCAGACGGCAAGCAACGAGACUUCAGGAGGAGUUGAAUUCUUUAAGCAAUGCAUUUAAUAUAAAAAUAAUGAUGAAUAACGUUUCUUGCUAAUUCAUUUUUUUUUUUUAGAUUUUUUUUUUUCCUCUGAUCCAUAGACGUCAAUUUUCAAUAUUUUAUUGCAAAAAUAUUACCAUUAAAAGUGCAAUGAUAGAAAACCUUAAAGAGGGGUAUCCUGUUAGAUCCUUUCCAAUCAAGUCAUUUUCAAGGACACACACACACACACACACACACACACACACACACACACGAGACAGAAUAUUUGCACUCCACAUUUUUUCACGUCGCUGCUGUCCUUAAAAAUCUCUCGAUGUGAAAACUAAAACGCACUCAAAGGCAAAAAAAAAAAAAAAAAAAAGAAAAAAAAAAGCACAAAAAUCUUUCAUUGUAACGCUGCAAAGCCCAGCGGAUCGGGCGAGUGAUAUAGAGUAUUAUACUGGCUAAUUCCCUUAAUAUGCAAGCUUAGCGGGCCUCGGUGGUUUAUUGAGCUAAAGGCUCCCAGACAACAGUGGCCGUACAGUGCUGCUCGAGGCUGGGUUUCGCUGGCUGGAGUUCUGCUGGCUGGAUGCUGCACGCCCCCCCUCCAGCGCCGCCGAGCCUUUCACAUUCUCUGUAAGCAUGCUCGACUGAGUGGCUUUACCGGAGCAUUGAGCCCUGUCCAGCCUGCACAGAUUCUCAUUUCACAGGUGA